GUGUGUGAGUGUGUGUGCACGCGCAUGCUGGUGAGAGGAAGACAGCAUUAGGCUGAUUUCCAGGAGGAGCCUUCUCUCUUUUCACUGUGUGUUAGGCAUUUUGUACAGAUUUUCGUUCUGUUAAAAAACACUUACCUCUUCCGGAAGUUCUUUAUAUCUCUUUGUGGGAGGAAAAAGAAACCAACUGUGAUCAGAAAACGGCCAGAAACCAUUUUAUUUGAACAACUGGUGGGAAGAAAAAGGAGAGAUACCAUCACAGGGAUAUAAAUAUCUUCUGAUAAAAAAUAUUUGUUUGAAUAGAAUUAUAUAUCAGUAGUGCAGCCUGACUUCCACCGUGAGGGAGAGCGAUGGGGUGUUUGGGCAACAGCAAAACAGAAGACCAGCGUAUUGAUGAGAAAGCGCAGCGAGAAGCCAACAAAAAAAUAGAGAAGCAGUUGCAGAAAGAGCGACUAGCUUAUAAAGCCACACACCGUUUGCUUCUGCUGGGGGCUGGUGAAUCAGGAAAAAGCACUAUUGUCAAGCAGAUGAGGAUCUUGCAUGUAAAUGGAUUUAAUUCAGAAGAAAAGAAACAAAAAAUUCUGGAUAUUCGGAAAAAUGUAAAAGAUGCAAUUGUGACUAUAGUUUCAGCAAUGAGCACUUUAAUACCUCCAGUUCCAUUAGCUAACCAAGAAAACCAAUUUCGAGCGGAUUACAUCAAAAGUAUAGCUCCACUUUCCGACUUUGACUACACCCAGGAAUUCUUUGAACAUGCAAAAAAGCUCUGGGAUGAUGAAGGAGUAAAGGCGUGCUUUGAGAGAUCAAAUGAAUAUCAACUGAUUGACUGUGCACAAUAGUAAGUACCACUUCUAGGAAAAUCCUUCUAAAAUUGUGUUCUCUAUUUUGUUACUGGAAGCCAGUGGAAAUAUGCAUAAAAUGUCUGGGAUUCUAUCUUAAAAGGCAAAAGAAAAUAAUUUCCAUUGUAAUUUUAUCUGAAUCAUUCAUUUAACUAAAAAAUCUAUUAACCCCCUUUGUUAAUAAUUACAGUUACUGAUUCUAGCAGUAUAUAAAUUGUAACGUGUUUCUGUUCACAUAAUAUAGAUUCAGUUUUCAGUUAUAACAUUGUUCAAGGUCCUUGAGUUUAAAUAAGUUUGCAUAUGUAUGUCUAAUAGAUUUGGUUUUCCUUUCAGCUGAUUUGAAAUUUUAAUUUGUAUAGGAAGGCAUAUUAGUAUAUAAUAGAGGAUUCGUGAUGGAUGGAAAAACCUGCAGUCCACUAAGAUACUUUAUUUUAUUACAUGCGCUUUAGAUACACAGCUAAUAAAAACAUUGCACAUUUUUCCCUUCUAAAUAAGAAAAUUAGGCAGUUUGAUUUUAUUGAAUAAUGGAAAAUAUCUAAUGCAACAGAUAAGCUGUAAAAUAUGCUGAAAACUUUUAGGGGGGGGGAAUAAACAAAAAAAGUACAAUAACAUGGUUGCAGAAAGAUGCACAUACUUAAACUACUUUGUUGAAGUUUUAGUUUCUCUUGUUUCAGAGAUGAAAAACAUAUAUAAAUUUCUUAUUAAAAAAAUAAAUUUUCCAUGAUAUUAUUGUCAUUACUUCUGUUGUUGCUAAUUACUGCAAGAGCUGUCUGAUGUAGUUUAAAAUAAACAUAAACUAGUGGUUUAUGCUUAUUUAUGUCUCAUUGUAAUGACUAAAUAAUGGAUUGUUUGCAUAACUGUAUGAAUAUUUUUUAAGAUAUAUUAUCCCUUACUAC